UUUCAUGUGAUACAGUUUUCUGUAUAGUUUUUCGAAAUAUAGGCGUACCGAUGGCGUUGACGUUAUUCUUUUUCGGGAUUUGGCUUAGGUGCUUUUGGCGUAUUAGCGUGUGUCCUCUUCUUUUCCGUCGUUGUGGCAUCUUUGUAUUAAUGGUGUGUUUGUUCAGGUGGUGCGACCUCACGUCACGACUAGUGCCCGGCUUUAUCGUCGGUAAAGAUGCCGCCAAAGGUUCGUGGUCGUCGAUCUGGUCGUGGAGGGCAGGGAGGACGUGGUCGCACUGCGGCGCCAGGGGGUGGCGAUGCGCGGUCGGUGGCUGAGUCGUCCGUGCCAGAGGGAGGAGGUCAGGUUGACCUGGUUGCUGCCAUUAGAGAGAUGCAAGAGGUGGUGAUGAGGACGCUUGGGCAGGGCCAGGGUCAGGCUGCGGGUGCUGGUCACACCGCUAUGGCGCCCAGGACUACUGCCGCUAGACGUGGCAGUGGCAUGAUGCUGCGAGACUGGGUCGGGUUGAAGCUCGACAGCUUCGAUGGGUCUGGCAGUCCAAUCCAGGCAGCGGAUUGGUUGGCCUAUAUGGUGAAGCAAGUUGAGGCUUUUGAGGUGGGGAUACAGGACAGUGUGCGUUUUGUGACUCAGCUGCUGAAGGGAGAGGCUCAGAUUUGGUGGGAUAGUGUGUUGGCUUCCAGGUCCGUGGUAUUGGGCAGUCCUUCUUGGGAGGAGUUUGCUCGCCAGUACGAGAGACGGUUCUACCCUGCCGCUUUCCUCGACAAGAUGCAUAUCAAGUUGGAACAAUUCACUCAGGACAGGAGGUCAGUGACAGAGUAUGAGGUUGGCUUCAACCAGAUUGUUCGGUUCGUGCCCCAUGUGGCACACGAUGAGGCGGAGAAGGCUCGACGCUUCCGGCAGGGGCUUCGCCCUGCCAUUCGCCACACACUUGGUGCCUUCCCUAUCACUGACUUUCGUUCGAUGGUGGAGCAGGCACUUGGUGUAGAGUUGCAGUUCAGCUACACUGAUGAUCUCCGUAAGACUUCCAGUGGAGACCAGUACAGAGGCCCUACGGAGAGAGGGGGCCAUUCUAGUGGCCCUAUGCAGAGGAAGGGAAAAGGCCAUCGUUAUCAGCCCUACCGUGGCAGCUCUGGGCCGUCACGUGCUCCAGGAGGGAGUGUGCCUCAGACCCGCCCCUUUGCCAAGCCUGGCAUGGGCAUGGUCUGCUUCCGUUGUGGUGAUUCGCAUCGUCGCAGCGAGUGCACUUGGCGUGGGAAGUGCUCCUUGUGUGGUCUGGAGAACCACAAGGACGUGGUGUGUAGGAAGAACCCCAACGCCAAGCUGCGUUGGGAGCCCGUAUCGUCCUCAGCUGGAGGGCAGCACUCUGGGGGCUCGGUCCAGAUGCUAGCUGCGCCUCCUACCCCGCAGUAUCUACCAGCACCUUCUUCAGCUUCGUCGGCUGCCCCUACACCUCCACACGGGGUUUACUGGGUACCCCAGUUUUUCCCACCGCCGGGCCCGGUGCCACCGCAGUGGGGUUCCGCACCGACACGUUCGGGUGCGGGAACUUCUUCGUCACAGGCUGCUCUUGGAGUCUACGCUGCGCCCCUAGUUGGGGGUGUGGACCGCGGUGACGUGGUGACAGGUAUCAUUUCAGUUGAUUCUGUUGAUGCUAGUGCUUUGUUCGACUCUGGUGCUAGUUUCUCGAAAUUGAUCAGGCCGUGGUGGUUAACUCACCGCGUGGCCUUAUUACUAGUUGCAAGGUCUGUCCAGGCUGUCUUGUAUCCUUAG